CCUAUGGAAUCAACAGCAUCCUCUACCAGCGGGGCAUCUAUCCCCCCGAGACCUUCACCCGCGUCCAGAAGUACGGGCUCACCCUCCUCGUCACCACCGACCCCGAGCUGAAGAACUACCUCAACAACGUGGUGGAGCAGAUGAAAGAGUGGCUGUACAAGUGCAUUGUGCAGCGCCUGGUGGUGGUCAUCUCGAGUAUCGAAAACAAUGAGGUUCUGGAGCGGUGGCAGUUUGACAUCGAGUGUGACAAAACUGCAAAGGAUGACAGUGCACCACGAGAAAAAUCUCAGAAAGCUAUUCAGGAUGAAAUUCGAUCUGUUAUCAGACAAAUAACUGCCACAGUAACUUUUCUGCCACUGCUGGAAACUGCCUGUGCCUUUGACUUGCUGAUAUACACAGAUAAAGAUUUGGCAGUGCCAGAAAAGUGGGAAGAGUCAGGACCACAAUUCAUAGCCAAUUCAGAAGAGGUUCGUCUUCGCUCCUUCACUACUACAAUCCACAAAGUAAAUAGUAUGGUGGCUUACAAAAAGGAUUCCUUUCCCUAAGAAGUGGGGGUUUUGUAUACAUUCUGUAACCUUGUAUAGUUUCUGGUGAUAGUGCAGCUAAGUCAUGAAUGCACCAUUACUGUUGCUCUUAAGUAUGAUACAGAAAAAAGGCAACAUGUUUGUCUGUGAUGAUGUGGUGUAACACUAGACUAAGCUGGUAUUGUUUUUAAAGAGGUCUAAAUAAAGUAUU